UCAGAAUCUUCCAAGCGUGCAGAUUGUGUGGUGUGAAUUGCAGAGAGUAGAGCCAAUUUUUGUUCGAUACAGUUGUCAUUCUUAGUGGGUGUUCCAAGCACAAACGGGCUGUCCUCGAAGUUGGUGGACAGUGGUUGUUGCAUCGACCGAUUAGCACAUACGCACGGUUCAAGCGAACAGCGGUAGGAAAAAAUGGAUUUGUUAUUGAAUGUUCACAGUAAUCUGGAGCCACCGAAACCCGAUGGCAGCACCUAUCUGAUGCGAGGGAACUAUCACUAUUAUCACUACGGAUGCGAUGGAUUUCAGGAUGUGGGCUGGGGUUGCGGCUAUCGAACGUUACAGUCGAUUUGCUCUUGGAUUAUCGAGAAAAAUGGCCUAAACAAGGAAGUUCCCAACAUUCCGACCAUUCAGCAAACGCUGGUCGAGAUCAAAGACAAACCGGAACGAUUCUUCGGGUCGCGUGAAUGGAUCGGCACACUGGAGACCAUCUACGUUAUCGAUACGCUGUUCGAUGUGCCCUGCAAGGUUGUGCACAUCUCGAAAAAGGAUAGCAUCGCGAAGCACAGCGACAUGCUAAAGGAGUACUACGAAACGUACGGUGGACUGAUAAUGAUGGGUGGCGAUAUGGAUGCGGCCUCCAAGGGAAUCGCCGGCAUUCACAUCAGUGCUGAUCAGGACGUCUAUCUGCUCGUGGUUGAUCCCCAUUUUGUCGGUAAAAUCAAAACCAAAGAGGAACUCUAUACGAAAAAUUAUGUCAAGUGGCAGAAGGUGGAUGAGUUCGUCGAUAGCUCCUUCUACAAUAUUUGCCUUCCAAUGCUGAAAAGCAAGGAUGCUAUUUAAGCUGCAUAGCAUAGAACAUGUGAGUGUAGAAGCGCAAAAUGUUACCCCGGCAUGCACUGAAACGUUCGCACAUUUAUAUGUACCGCCAGCAAAUUUCGAUAAACAGCUUGACCAAAACGAAUUUGCGGCAAACAGUUUUAUUCGAUUGUUUUGACUAAUAAGGUGUUAAAUGUAUAAUUAGCGAUAUUAUCAAUGCUCAGUACGGUAGCGUUGGAAUUGAAUAGCUCUAGAAUCGAUCGAUGUAAAAGUUUACAGGACCCAUGUUCAGAAACCAUGCACAAGAGUAUUUAAAGCUGAAGCCUAUAGCCUAUAAUCAACCCAUCGCAUCGUGCAUGCAGUAAGCUAAACCGAUGAGAGAUUAUGUAAACAACGCAUCUAUAGUGAAAUUUAGCAACGGGUUAAUUAGAGAAAUAUUUUUUAACAAAAAAUGACUUAGCAAAUGCAUGUUCUGGAUUAUUAAAAUUAGCUGCAUUUCACCUGAUAGAUUGUAUUAGCACCAACAGAGUGCAAAAAAAUAUCAAAAGGCUCAUAUUUUUACUAGAGCCAAACGAGUCAGUCGCAAAGCGCAUUCAUAAUCCACUGACGUAGUAGUCAAUCGUAUAGCGAAAAAUUUACGAUUGUAGCCAUACAUAUAUCGUUAUAGAAUCGUUCAUCGUACUCGAAAUGCCAUAUCGUUCAAAAGCAUCCGCGUAUAUAUUCACACGAGGCUGCAUUUCGCCAGUUUCGGAAUUCUCAAACUCUUCUGAUACUAGUAACCUUUUAAGCAUGUUUACAACUUGUACUGUAUGCUUUCAAAAAGCCCGUACUCAGAUACAUACACUGCCGAUCUGGAAAGUUCAUAAACGUGUUGGUAGUGAACAGCAAUUCAAAGUUUUAUUUUCUCGAUUGAUGCCGUUAAACAGUUACAAUGUGAGAGGACAAAAAGAAACCAGCAGUAGCAAAUGAACGAACGUUUUGAUUGGCGAAAUUUUCCAAUGAAUUCUGAUUCUAUUCUGAUUGGAACCUGAUUGUAUUAUAAUUGAAAUAAGUGAUUUUAUUGCUAGAGAAUAUUUUCUGUGUUUUAUCAUAUUUAUUAUAUAUUGUUGAUUUGUGUCAU